CUGAUUGGCCCUAAUCCAUUAGAUAUGCAUGACUCCCUAUGUAAAUGCUGCAGAUCAAUUCCUUACUGAGCUCAUUAAAUUGUUCUUUGAGAACGGAACACAGCAGACGCAGAGACAAUUUACUCCCGUGUUAUCAAGUCAUAACAGUCCUUGAAGAUUCCUUAGCAACCAAUUCAUUUGAGUGUUUGCGGUUUGUAAACUAUUCAAUCAUCAUGGCGAGUAUGGCAGCAAAGAUGAUUUUAGGCAACAAAUUAAAAAGCGCCACAGGUGAGAUUGGAAAGAUGGCAGGAGGGGAAGAAGACGAAGAUGAGGAAGAUAAAGAAGCACAGUUGUUAGAGGAACGAAGACUACAAGAGGAGGAGAGGAAACAAAAACAUAUAAAAAAAGAAGCAGAGAGAGAAGAAGUACGACAAGAAAUAAGAAAUAAAUAUGGUUUAAAGAAAAAAGAACAGUUUGUGAUACCCGAUGAUCCCGGCCGAUUGACGAGGAAGAAAAAAACCCCUGAAGAACUCGCAGCGGCCCAAAAUGCCGACGAUGAUGAAGAAGGCAUCAUGGGCCAGAUUCUGAGUUACGUCAAUCCAAUAGCGUCUCGGUUCGGCUUUUCCUUUGGUGGAGAAGAGGCAGAAGAAAAGAAGUAGGGUGAAUUAGUUGUUAAGGGCAAUACAAUAUGCUACUCACGAAAAAAUAUCAUCCGAAAAACAUUACAUCUGCUGGAACAUUGUGAUUACUUGAUGAGAAAUUAUUUUGAUACCCUUCCUCACCGUCAUUAUUUUCAUUAGAAUCAACAUCAAUUUUUAUCAUCAUCAACAUAAUUGUCAUCAAAAUUAUCAUAUUUUUAUUAUCAGCACAUUUAUCAUUAUCAUUGUAAUCAUCAUCAUUGUCAUCUUCAAGAUCAUCAUCUGCAUUAUGAUCAUUAUCUUUGAGAUCAUAUUAUCUUCAAGGUUAUCAUCUUGAUCAUGAUUAUCUUUACUUACCACAAUCAUGAUGGUAGUCAUAUAUAUUGAUAAUGAUGUUGAUCAUCAUAAUCAACCAUCAUCCUUAUUAUCAUCAUCAGUAUCAACAUCAUCAUCAUUAUCAUUGCAAUCAUGAUUAUUAUCAUCAAAAUCAUCAUUAUCAUCACUUAUCAUCGUCAUCAUAAUACUCAUCAUAAUCAUAUCAAUAAUCACCAUUCUGACUCCUCCCCGGCAACCCUACCCGCCCGAACCCAUUUUUAAAUUUUCAACCCUAUUUUAUAGGUUGAGUUUAUAAUUAAUUUUAUUAUUAUUAUCAUUAUUGAUAUAUUGAUAAUUAGAGUUAUUGUAGUCGAUAGUAAAUACAUGUUUGUAUCCCACCAAACGUGCAAUAGAUAAAGAUACGUACAAUUCCUCAUUUUUGUUGUUAACAUUUCCAAGUGUGUCCCAGUUCUUAUUGUGUUAAGGUGCUCUAUAAAGUUGGAAUCUGUUUAUAGAAAAUUGAAUAUUAAAACUAAUAUGUACAAAUGAAAAGCUUUGAAAAAGUAUUAUAAUUGGAAGUAUUGGUAGUUGACUUUACUUGUCAUAUUCAAAAAUGUUGGAUGACCAAGUUGUGUAAUUUAUUACGAUAUCUGUCUGUUAGAAAAGUACUUGUGUAUGAUCUUACUUACUAAGUGUUCACAUAAAAAGUAUAAAUUCAUUUUCUGCGGUAAAGACUAAAAUGAAGACUUUCCCUGAUUUAUGAGUACACUGUGUGGUUAAUUAACUCCCUUUUGAAAGGAGAUGAGUUGUAUCAUAGUUAUUUAUAUCAGUUAGAAAUCAUAUCUAUUUAAAGGACCAAAUUCUUUGCCACCUGGAAGGAGAAUGUUGUGGCCAUUUCAUUUUGAGAUCAAGCAAGUUGUAUUGUUCUAAGAUUAUUGUUUAAGCAAAAGAUUAUAGAAUUGCAAAAGGUUCGACUGGCUUGAUUUUGUAUCCACGUAAUAGGGGGCGCCCUAUUCGAAUAGAGUUCACUCAAAACUCGUCUUUUAAGGACACAUUAUGUUUCAAUGAAACCACGAGAGUCGGACCUCUUGCAGUUGUAUUAUCUUUCAGUGGCAUAUCGCUAUCUAUAUCCAGGUAUUUAUUUAUUUAUUGUUCUAUUAUUGUGGUGUACAGUUUUCAAUUCACACCAAAACUGUAAUUAAUAUUCUUAUCUGAAAACCAUAUCUUAAAUUCCAUUUUGAUACCAGUUAAGAAUUUAUGUUUAAAUUAUGUUGACAUUUGAAAGCAAUGAUUAAAAUGUAUUCUUUGUAGACUAAAAUUGCAGAUAUUUUUAAAAGCUUUCUUGCAUGUCAUUCCUUCUUCUCAUACAGGUAAAGUACUUAACUAUAUAUACUUUACGUGGAAAUUUCCUUGAAAAGCAUGUGAAAUCAAGUGUGGAAAAAUGUUAAUUAAAAUCCAGUGUAGUCUGUAAUGUAUGUGUAAUUGUAGACAAAAAUAAAAACAAACAAAAACAGGAAA